CUCUCUUCUCCUUUCAACGUUCUGUUCUCCCAGAGGCUCUUCCUCUUCCCCAAAGUGCACAAGAUAAUCACCGAGGAAUGCAGCGAGAUGUGCUUGAAGCCUACAGUGCCUUCACCAAAUUCUUUCAAAUAAAGAUCACAUCUGAGCUUCCCUCAUUUGAUCUUGAUGAGAUUGGAGACGCAACUCGCAACAAAACGAUCAAACUCCGCGACCAAAUGCAAAUUAAAGCCGCAAAAGGGCUAAAGAUGAUUUAGCUCUUCAGCCACAAAAGUUUCCUGCCUUGUGAAUAACUCAUAUCCAUAGUUGCAGGAGAUCACACAUUGUUAUUACUUGCUGUGGGAUUGAAAGUUUUGGUGAUGGAAAAUAAGGGGAAUGUAUUGAUGAAGAAAUAUGAUGUAGGGAAGUUUUUGGGCAAAGGAAACUUUGCAAAAGUUUACCAUGCUAGGAACAUUGAAACUGGCCAAAGUGUGGCCAUCAAGGUGAUAGACAAGGAAAAAGUUUUGAAAGUUGGCCUAAUUGAUCAGACCAAGACAGAAGUAUCUGUUAUGAAAAAGGUCAAUCAUCCAAAUAUAGUGCAGCUUUACGAGGUAAUGGCAACAAAAACAAAGAUUUACUUUGUUAUGGAAUUUGCCAAAGGUGGUGAGCUCUUCAGCAAGGUAGCCAAAGGAAAGCUGAAAGAGGAUAUGGCAAGGAAGUACUUUCAGCAGCUGAUCGGUGCUGUUGAUUAUUGCCACAGCCGAGGCGUUUAUCACCGCGAUUUGAAGCCCGAGAAUUUGCUACUGGAUGAGAAUGGAGAUCUAAAGGUGUCUGAUUUCGGGUUAAGUGCGCUUGUUGAGUCUAGGCGCCAUGAUGCUUUGCUGCAUACGGUUUGCGGAACUCCUGCUUAUGCAGCUCCUGAAGUUUUAUGUAGAAAAGGGUAUGACGGGGCUAAAGCUGACAUUUGGUCUUGUGGGGUGAUCUUGUUUGUCCUUUUAGCUGGUUAUUUGCCGUUCCAUGAUUCAAAUCUUAUGGAAAUGUACAAGAAAAUAGGCAAGGCAGACUAUAAGUGUCCCAACUGGUUCUCACACGAAGCGCGCAAGCUUCUAUCAAGAAUUCUAAAUCCUAACCCGAAUAAGAGGAUUUUGAUUGCAAGGAUAAUGGAAAAUCCAUGGUUCAGAAAAGUGUUCAACUCUCAAGCCACCAGAAGCAAAACAGCGGAUUCGAUCUCUCCGGUUUGUUCACAGAGAAUGAUGAGAAGAAAGCGGUACAAUUCACAUCAACACGCCCCGCCUCGUCGAUUGUGUCAAAAUUGGAGGAAGUUGCUAGGAAUCUGAGGCUGAAAGUGAAGAAGGACAAAGGGUGUCUGAAAAUGGAGGGUUCAAAGGAAGGCAGAAAAGGA